AUGGCGUCUGGUUAUGGCAUGAAUGGCGGCGUUGGCCGCUGCUUUCCCUUCUGGCAGGAGGUUCUGGGGUGUUACGUCGUAAACACCUCGGCCGAAGACGACUCCGGAAAAAAGAAGUGUUCUUUGGCCCUCGAGGACUACUAUGAGUGCUUGCACCACAAGAAGGAGCAUGCUCGAGCUGUCGCAAUUCAAUCCGCCUACAACCAUCGCGGCAACACGGCCGCACAAGAAAAUGCCCCGAGCGUGAGCCAGAUACGAAACCUGGGGUUAUUGGGUAAGGAGGAUGACACGAAAAAGGUGCUUGGAAGCUCCUAA